AUGUGGGCAGAGGCAGGCGAUCCAGCCCUGGCGGAGCUGAGGAAUCUGGGCAAUGAGCUCCAGUCCAUCCGCCUCCAGGUGGCCCAGCAUGUGGACGGGAACCAGAUCUCCCAGGACUGGAUGCAGGUGGGCUACAUCCUCGACCGGCUGCUGUUUGGCGUCUACUGCAUCUUCAUCACCUUCAGCUUCCUCGUCAUCCUCAGCAUCUGGAUAUAUUUAUGCCAGUGCGAUUUGACCUGUAAAGAGGGUCACAGCGGUCCAACCUACGAGUCGAUGCAGACUGUGUUUAACCGCAUAUCCUUCAGACCGGCAGUCAACCUAAGCAAUCCCACCAUAGCAAACAUCUCCUUCACCCUGUAUGCUGUCCUGGGCGUGAAUGAGAAGACCCAGAUCCUCACUACUUUCCUGUGGUUGAGAUUGUACUGGCACCAUCAGUUCCUGGUUUGGGACUCUGAUGCUUGUGGCGGAGUCACCAGGAUUUCUCUGCCAGUCAAAGAGCUCUGGGUGCCUGACAUCAUCGUGUAUGAGUUUGUGGACGACGACGUGUCACAGCAAUGCCCCUACGUCUACGUCAACCACACAGGCCACAUCCGCUGGGACAGGAUGCUGCGCCUGGUCAGCGCCUGCAACCUGGAAAUCUUCAGCUUCCCCUUCGAUGUGCAGAACUGCUCGUUUACCUUCGGCUCCUACAUGCACACCAUAAAGGAUGUGAGGUUGACUCCAGCCCUGUCCUUCGAGGAGAUGUCGGGGAACUCGAAACAGUACCUGGAGGCUAGUGGGGAGUGGGAGCUGGUCAACAUCUAUGGAGAGGCGUCUGUCCUCAAGUUUGGCAUCGACGAAUGGGACAUCAUCACUUUCUGGGUGGUGAUAAAGCGCAGGCCAGUGCUCUACGUGGUCAACCUGCUCAUCCCCAGUUCCUUCCUCAUGCUCAUCGACAUCCUCUCCUUCUACCUGCCCCCUCACAGCGUGGACCGCGCCUCCUUCAAGAUGACCCUUAUUUUGGGCUACACCGUCUUCCUGCUCAUCAUGAACGACCUGCUGCCCAGCACGGCCAACGGCACCCCCCUCAUAGGAAUUUACUUUUCAGUGUGUCUGGCUCUCAUGGUCAUCAGCCUGUUGGAGACAGUCAUCAUCACUAAUGUGCUCCAUUCCAACUCCAAGAAGUACCGCGAGGUGCCCCACUGGGUCCGUGUGGUCAUCCUGAAGCACAUCGCCCGUAUGAUCUGCUACCAGUGGCCCGAGGAGCUUGUUCAACCCUCAGCCUCCAGAGGAUCCACCCAGGAUGACAAGGCAGACAGACCAAACCCCACAAGCCCUCCCUGGGUCCUUGCACCAGCCAACCCUGUGCACAUCCCUGCCCAGCACACCACAAGCACCAUUGGUCCUGGGGUGGUGUCCUCUGUGCCUGAGCUGCGUCAGAUCUGCCAGGACCUGAGUGACUUGCGUGCCCACUUAACGUCGAUGCAGAAGGAGGGCGUGCUUCAGGAGCAGUGGUGCCACGUAGGCUACGUACUGGACUUCCUGCUCUUCCGUAUCUACCUCCUCCUCAUCUCCUGCUACGCCAUGGUCAUCAUCUGUAUGUGGUGCAUCUGGAUCAACCAAUGAGAGACCAAAAGGGCGCAUUUGUUUUAGCUUGCCCAUUCCAUUGGUCUGAAAGUGAAAUCUCAGAUCACCUCAGGCAGUGGGGCGAGCUAAAACAAAUGCACCCAGAGAGAGAAGAAGGGGGGGUAGAAGAGAGUGAGACCAAUGUACAGUAAGUAGUACCAUAAGUCUCUGAAUUUCUUUUGAAAUGUAGUUUUCAUUUUGUAAAAAAUUGAGUUAAAGGUAAAAAAAAAAGUGUGUUAACUAGGCAAGUCAGUUAAGAACAAAUUAUUAUAUUCAAUGACUGCCCCUUGUUC